UCACCUUGAUGCUGGUGUGGUUAAAAAAGGCUUUAGAAAACUAUUUAACAAGUGUUUAUAAGUGAAAAUUUUAUUUGAAAUGUCGGACAGCAGUGGGUCGGACAAUGAUAGCGUGGUUUCCAAUCGCUCGCGGAAAAGUGGAGCUUCAAUUCGGAGUCGUUCGAUAUCGCGUUCGGCCUCCCGAUCUGUUUCCAGAUCGCGUUCCCGUUCAAGAUCAGCGUCUAGAUCUCGAUCACGCUCGGCUUCCGGUUCCCGAUCUGGUUCAGAAGUGGAGUCACCGAUGAAGAAGAAACGUAAAAUGUCCGGUGGUUCUGAUGAAGAGGCUGAGGAUGAAGAAGAACCGGAAGGAGAAGAUUUAGACUCAGAGGAAUAUGAAGACGAUGACGAGGAAGAUCGUCGAGGUGGAAGGAAGAAGAAAAAGAAGGAACGUUUUGGAGGAUUUAUCAUCGACGAAGCUGAGGUUGACGAUGAGGUGGAUGAGGAUGAAGAAUGGGAGGAAGGAGCACAGGAAAUCGGUAUCGUCGGUAAUGAGGUGGAGGAAUUCGGUCAAACGGCACGGGAGAUUGAAAAUAGACGUCGUGGCACAAAUCUGUGGGAUAAUCAGAAAGAGGAUGAAAUCGAAGAAUAUUUGCGCAAAAAAUAUGCAGAUGAAUCGAUUGCUCGAAGACAUUUUGGCGAUGGAGGUGAGGAGAUGUCUGAUGAAAUUACCCAGCAAACGUUGCUACCCGGAAUUAAAGAUCCCAAUUUGUGGAUGGUUAAAUGCCGAAUCGGAGAGGAGAAAGCCACUGUUCUGCUGUUGAUGCGGAAAUACUUGACUUAUUCCAAUACAGAUGAACCAUUGCAAAUAAAAACAAUUGUUGCUCCAGAGGGAGUAAAAGGUUACGUUUAUAUUGAGGCAUACAAACAGACCCACGUCAAAGCAGCGAUAACAAAUGUCGGAAAUCUUAGAAUGGGUAUCUGGAAGCAGGAGAUGGUUCCUAUUAAAGAAAUGACAGACAUUCUGAAAGUCGUAAAAGAACAAACUGGACUGAAACCAAAACAGUGGGUUCGUUUGAAAAGAGGUAUUUACAAAGACGACAUUGCGCAGGUUGAUUACGUAGAUUUGGCUCAAAAUCAGGUACAUCUAAAAUUGCUGCCUCGCAUCGACUACACACGAUUGAGAGGAGCACUGAGAACUACUUCGGCGGACAAUGACGAAAAUAAACGCAAAAAGAAACGCCGUCCGGCUGCAAAACCUUUUGAUCCAGAAGCAAUUCGAGCCAUAGGUGGAGAAGUAACUUCUGAUGGAGAUUUUUUGAUUUUUGAAGGCAACAGAUAUUCUCGGAAAGGAUUUCUUUAUAAAAAUUUUACUAUGUCUGCGAUAUUGGCAGAAGGUGUCAAACCUUCACUUGCCGAAUUGGAACGGUUCGAAGAGCAGCCAGAAGAAAUUAACAUCGAACUUGCAGUUCCGACUAAGGAAGACCCUUUGACAUCGCAUUCAUUUUCAAUGGGAGAUAAUGUGGAAGUUUGCGUUGGUGAUUUAGAAAAUCUUCAAGCCAAGAUUAUAGCAAUCGAUGGGGCACUGAUCACUGUUAUGCCAAAACACGAAGAUCUCAAGGAUCCGCUUAUAUUUAAGGCCGCAGAACUGCGCAAAUAUUUCAAAACUGGUGACCACGCGAAAGUCCUUGCCGGUCGCUAUGAGGGUGAAACAGGAUUAAUUGUGCGCGUAGAACCAAAUCGGGUCGUAAUGGUUUCCGAUUUAACUAUGCAUGAACUUGAGGUGUUGCCUAGAGAUUUGCAACUAUGCAGUGAUAUGGCAACAGGUGUUGAUUCUCUUGGUCAAUAUCAAUGGGGAGACUUGGUUCAGUUGGAUGCUCAAACAGUAGGCGUUAUUGUGCGAUUAGAACGCGAGAAUUUUCACGUUCUUGGAAUGCACGGAAAAGUGAUGGAAUGCAAACCUGCUGCUCUUCAAAAGCGUAGAGAAAACCGAAACACCAUUGCCCUAGAUUCAGAUCAGAAUGCAAUACGUCGAAGAGAUAUUGUAAAAGUUAUGGAGGGUCCACAUGCUGGACGAGAUGGAGAAAUCAAGCACUUGUACAGAAACCUAGCAUUCUUGCAUUCCCGUAUGUACACCGAGAAUGGAGGUAUAUUCGUGUGUAAAACGAGACAUCUUCAGCUAGCCGGAGGAAAUAAAUCACAAGCGAAUGCAUCGAUGCCGUUGGGUCAGUUCGGAUUUAUGUCACCACGCAUACAUUCACCGAUGCAUCCAUCAGGUGGCCGUGGACGGGGGGGAAGAAUGGGAGGCGGUCGUGGUGGUGCUAAUCGGGUUAGCAGAGACCGGGAAAUACUUGGCAAAACCAUCAAAAUUACUGGAGGACCUUACAAAGGCGCUGUCGGAAUUGUCAAAGAUGCUACCGAAAGUACAGCUCGCGUUGAGUUGCAUUCAUCUUGUCAAACAAUUUCCGUCGAUAGAAAUCAUAUCGCGGUUGUUGGGACUACUCCGAAGGAAGGAUCUGUUUCCAGUUAUAUCCGUACUCCAAGUCGCACGCCUGGCAGCAGUUACGGAGCACAAACACCUGUCUAUGCCGGCUCUAAGACUCCUCUUCAUGGAUCACAAACUCCUUCGUACGACAUUGGCAAUCGUACUCCUUAUGGUUCGAUGACACCCUCGCACGAUGGCAGUAUGACACCACGGCAUGGAGCAUGGGACCCAGCCGUUACCAACACACCGGCUCGUACAAACGAUUUCGAUUUCAACAUGGAAGAACCAUCUCCAAGCCCGGGUUACAAUCCCAGCACUCCUGGGUAUCAGAUCAACACUCCGUUUGCCCCACAUACGCCUGGUAACAUGUUCAAUACGGAAAGCUACAGUCCCUACCAGCCAAGUCCUAGUCCCAGUCCAUCGCCAUUCCAGGUUAAUUAUAUGGGCACUCCAUCACCAAGCGGUUACUCGCCGGCCACACCCGGUGCACCACAGUCACCGUAUAAUCCACAAACUCCAGGAGCGAAUCUUGAUUCGCAGUACGGCGAAUGGUGUACGACAGAUAUCGAAGUGGAAAUUCGUAACCACGACGAUUCUGACCUAGCCGGUCAAAUUGGCUUUAUUCGAACUGUCAACAGUGGGGUUUGUUCUGUGUUUCUGCCAGAGGAAGAUCGCGUUGUGACAGUGCUGAGCAAUAAUUUAGAACCCGUUAUACCGAAUGCUGGAGACCGAUUCAAGGUGAUCUUCGGUGAAGAACGUGAAACCAUUGGGGAGUUCAUAUCACUAUCCAGUAACAAAGAAGCAAUUGUUUCGAUUAACGGGAAGAAAAAAUUGCUUCCUCUCAACUAUCUCUGUAAAGUGAAGGUGGACUAGAU